AUGGCCUCGUCCACUGCCCUGAUGGAGGACAGGAUGGAGAGGAGUCCGAAUCCCGGCAGUCCUCCCGGCAACAGCCUUGAAGGCCAGCUGGAAAGUUUCAGCUUGUUGCCUCACAAAACGGAAGAAGAGAAUGAGGAAACGGCGCAAACUGCUACGCCUGGGGUAAGCGACAUCCUCUCUGUGAGGGGGGAGACAAGUGAGAACACGCCAAUGGGCACAAGUGGGCAAUCGAAGAAGGGGAUCGUGGACAUGCUGUACAACAACAGGCCCAAAGAGUUAGAAACACGGCCUCGUUACAUUGAUGCACACCCGGAAGCCCGACUUGUCCUCCAAGCCUUCUUCAGCGCCGUGUUGGCGGAGGAGCCCGAGGAUGUUUAUGCCUUCGCCCGGCAGUACUUCAGCCAACGAGUGAAGGUCCCGAAAGAAGAACUCUUGCGACCUUUGGUUAUAUGUGGGCCAUCGGGGGUAGGGAAAGGGACGCUGAUGAACAUGCUGUUUGAGGAGUUUGGAGGCUACUUCGGCUUCUCUGUGUCUCACACGACACGGGCACCGCGACCUGGAGAGGUGGAAGGCGUACACUACAAUUUUACCUCAAGAGAUGCCAUGGAAGCGGCCAUCGAGGAAGGGCGUUUCCUGGAAUUUGCCCGAGUGCACACCAAUUUGUACGGAACGAGCCUUGAGGCCGUGCGGCAAGUCCAGCGCGCGGGCAAAGUGUGUGUGCUCGACAUCGACGUACAAGGGGUGAUAAAGGUAAAGGAAACCGACGUGAACCCCCACUACGUGUUCAUCGCCCCGCCAUCCGUGGAGCAUUUGGAGGCGAGGCUGCGAGGCCGGGGCACGGAGUCUGCGAAAGACAUUGAGACACGGCUGGGGGCGGCGCGUACGGAGAUCGAGUAUGGCCUCGCGAAGGGAAAUUUUGAGCAUGUGGUCGUCAAUGAUACCUUGGAAAAGGCCUAUGCUGACUUGAAAACGACAUUGGUUGGAUUCUAUUCGCAUUUGGCGGCUAAGACCGCUUGA